AAUGCACACUACUUUGUCUAGCUACUUAAGUUUCAUGGGUGAUUUCUCUAUUACAAAAAAAUCCUUUAAUUUAUUCAAACCUUUGAACCGUACCCUUCUUCAAAUUUACUUAUUUCUUCAGAUUACCACAGUACAUGAAAAUGAAGAGGUUAUUCAUUUUGCUCUUUCCUCUGUAUUCUUUGAUUUGCAUACAAUGUAGUGUUACGACUGCUACCGGUUCUUCUGAGGCCUUUCAUACAAUUAAACGAGCUGGAAAGUUGUCAACUACGCGCUUUGAAGCCAUUUACCAGUUCGGAGACUCCCUCUCCGAUACUGGUAACUUAAUUCGGAUUCCUGGGUCACAUGACCCCUCCGCAAAUCUCCCUUAUGGACAGACCUUCGGUCGUCCCACUGGCCGUAGCUCCGAUGGUCUUCUCAUGGUCGAUUACUUUGCUAAGUACUUUCACCUACCACUCGUAAACCCAUUCCUGGCCAACGGAAGCAACUUCAACCAUGGAGCCAAUUUCGCCGUUGCAGGUGGGACUGCUCUAGACGCGGCCACUUUGGCUACAAGAAAUAUUACAUUGCGGCUAGCCAAUGUCUCGCUGGUUUCUCAACUUAGUUGGUUUAAGUCUCACCUCCAUAAUAUUUGCUGCAGUCCAGCAGAGUGCAAAGAAAAACUUCGAAAAUCUCUAGUACUAGUAGGGGAAAUUGGAGCCAAUGACUAUAACUAUGCUCUUCUUCAACGCAGAACAAUGAAAGAAGCAUAUAAGCUAGUUCCCGAGGUUGUAAAUACCAUCAUACAUGUCGUUAGAGAAGUGAUUAAGCUUGGGGCGGUUAAUGUUGUGGUACCGGGAAAUGUUGCCAUUGGUUGCGUUACUUCUCUUCUAUAUAGAUAUGGUUCAAAUGAUUCCUCAAAGUAUGAUGAUCUUCAUUGCUUGAAAGAGCAUAAUACUCUUUCAAGGUUCCACAAUCACCAUCUAAUACAAGCUAUCAAGAUUUUGAAACGUGAAAACCCGAGUGUUGCAAUUGCUUAUGGAGACUACUACUCUGCCACAACUUGGGUCCUUCGCCACGCUUCUUCGUUAGGAUUCGAGAAAGAUGGCCUGUAUAAAGCAUGUUGUGGAAUAGGUAAGAAUUCAUACAAUUUUGAUCCAAGCAGACCUUGUGGGAGUCGAGGUGUUACAGUUUGUACAAAUCCUAAUAGGCGCGUGAGUUGGGAUGGGACCCAUUUGACUCAACAAUCAUACAAAUACAUGGCAAAUUGGUUGUUAGGACAGUUCCUACCUAAACUUUAAUUAAGAUCGAUGUGUAUCGAUGUCUAGUGUAUGGAUCGAAGUAAUAUAUCUUUACUUUAAUCUAUUUACAUAGCAUAAUAUGAGCCAUUUAAUAUCUAAUAGUAUGGAUAUUUAUGUUUGCAAUACUUCUAGUUUGUUUUCUACUCUUUUUUUGAUGCAUUAAGAAUUCCUCAUAAUGAAAGUUUUCUAAUAUUUAUUUAUCUUACGUUAAAAAAAAUAUAUAUUAAACA